AUCCUAUUUGGUUUGCCUUUAAUCAAAGUUAUUUUCUGUUUGUGGCAACUCCAAUCCCACAAAAAGAAGCAAGAAAAGUUUGUCUGGAAAAGAAAGGUGACCUGGCAUCCAUAUCGAGCGAGGAAGAACAGGCUUUCCUGUUUAAGACAUUCAUGGAAACAAAUUCUGCUUGUGAGUAAUAAUAAAUUCGAAAUGUCUGAUAAACUAGAGGUGGAUAAAAAAUAAUCUGUGGUUGAUCAGUACAGUUAUUUCGCUUAUUAUGUCAUAUAGCGGCCAACUAGCUUCUAACCAAUUGGACACACGGUUAACAAUUUGACAGGAAAUGUCGAGAAAAGUUUUUAGGAUAUUUUUUCAGACAUUUUGUCCAGGAAUUACAUGCUAAAUAAUAAUAACGGUUAUUGACCGUGUUUAUAGACAGCAUUUAUUUCUGACCAAUUAGGAUUUUGCGUACGAUUUGUAGCAGGCUCUAUUUCAAACAUAGAGUCUGGUACGCAGGCUAGGGUUGGAUAAAAAAGGGGCACUAUACUAGCGGCCAGUAUCAGGGGGAUUCAUGCUUCCCCUGAAAAUCAGGUGUCCCAUUUGCCAUACAACAUAAUUUGUUAAAUCAUUUUAUAUGCAUAUUGAAUUAAACAUUUAGAAUAGUAAAUUCUGAGUAUCUUGAACAAGAUAUGAGAUUUAGACGAUCGAAAGAACGUUACCUGUACUGUGGGUAUGACCUCAGGCUCAGGAAUUGAUAUUAAAUCAGUGUAUAGACCAUGGCUGCCAUGGCGCUUUUCUGGGUGGCGGGGCUUACUAUACUGACCUAUAUACUGUACAUGUAUACUUGUAUGCACUGAUUGGUAUAGCUAUACACUCAACUUUAAUUAAUCAUAUAAUUCUCGUGUCGCUGAGGAAAAAUUUUCGUGAUCUACGAAAUCAGCCUGGAUAGUUGGACAACCAUGCAGGUCUCCAUUUUAACACAUCCUUAGAAGUGUCAGUUAUUUAAAAUGCAAUUAUAAAUUUCCUGUACCUAUUUCAAUUUUAGCAGGUGAUAAGGUAUGGGUUGGCCUUAACGACAUUGCUGAAGAAGGCGUGUAUGUUUGGACAGACGGUUCUCCCAACACUGAUGUGAGGUUUAAAGCGGGUGAGCCUAAUAAUUAUGGGAAUAAAGAGGACUGUAUUGCUAUAAUAAAGAUUUAUGGUGGAAAUUUGGGUGACUUCAGUUGCGAUAACUCAUGUGCGUUUAUUUGUGAGACGAAUUAUGAGUCUCUUUAA